AUGAUGAAACAUCUUCAUCAUGUCGCUGGAAACAACGACUCAAAUUCCACUGACUCUCCCCUGAAUUCACAACUCACAAAAUUCUGGAACAUCGAAGAAGCAGAAAAUUUCGAGGAAACAACAAACGACGAUACUUUCGUCGAAGAAUUUUACUCCAACACCCUUCGACGGGACGAGCACGGUUAUACUGUGAAACUUCCAUUCAAGAAAAGUACAACACAGCUAGGAGAAUCGAAGCAGAGGGCACUGGCACGAUUAUUUCAAUUGGAAAACAAGCUGGAUAAAGAUGAAAAGCUCAGCCCUAUGUAUAAAGAAUUCAUGCAGGAAUACAUUGCGCUAGGUCAUAUGAAAAUUGCUAGCUCAAAUAAUUCAGCGAAGAGGUAUUAUAUUCCACAUCAACCUGUAUUGAAAAAAGAACGUGAUACGACAAAGCUAAGAGUCGUAUUCGAUGCAAGCGCAAAGACAAGUACCGGACUCAGCCUAAACGACAUUCUUCACACAGGACCUAAACUACAGCAGGAUCUCAUAGAUAUUCUGAUAAGAUGGCGAAAACACAAAAUAGCCAUAACAGCUGACAUCGAGAAAAUGUACAGGCAGGUGAAAUUGGACAGAGAAAACCAGCCAUUACACUCUAUACUCUGGAGAAACACCAAAUAUGAGCCAAUUCAAACCUACGAAUUAACCACUGUAACCUACGGUACAGCACCAGCAGCUUACCUGGCCAUAAGAACAAUGAGAAAACUAGCUAAAGAUGAUGUUCAAAAAUCUGGGUGUUGA